AUGAAAGGAGCAAAAAUAGCCAACGGCUCCAUAGUCGGAGAUGAUCUUGAAAAUGGCAGUAGUUCAGAUAGCGACAAUGAUGUCGACCAGUCUGUUGAAAACGUCGAGCCGCCGGCACCGGCCCUGGACAGAAUUCUGAGCUUCACCCGAGUAUACAAAACUCCUGUUAGCAAACCUAUGGAAUAUCCGAGGGGGCAGACUUUGUUGUUGGCAUUCCAAUCCCUGGGAGUUGUAUACGGAGACCUUGCCACAUCUCCGGUCAACGUUUUCUCGGCAACUAACUUGACAAACCUCACUCAGCUAGAAUUAUUGGGUACCCUGAGCCUAAUAUUCUGGACCCUAACAAUAAUCGUGUUGAUUAAAUACGUGUUCAUCGUCAUACACGCCAAUGAUCACGGCGAAGGCGGCACAUUUGCUCUGUAUUCCUAUCUCUGUCAGCAUUUAAAUUUCCAAUGGAGCAAAUUUGUAGUUCAUCAAAACACAAGGUUAAGCUCUGAUGACAGCAUGAGAUAUUAUAGCCGUCCAAGUACUAGUAGUCCUCUAAACAGCAAAACCAAGAAAUUCCUUGAGACCAACUCCAAACUCCAAAACUUUCUGAUCUUUGUUGUUUUGCUUGGAACUUGCAUGGUUAUUGGGGAUGGAGCACUUACUCCAGCUACUUGUGAUCAUGUGGUAGUUAUGUCUGUUUUUCUUCUAAUAAUGCUCUUCCUUUUCCAACGAUGUGGAACGAGCAAAGUCAGCUUCACUUUCUCCCCAAUUAUGCUCCUCUGGCUCCUCACAAAUGCUUUCAUCGGAAUCUACAACAUCGUCAAGCAUCAACCUAUGGUGCUCAAAGCUGUAUCCCCUCACUAUAUUGUUUUAUUCGUCUCCAAAAGACCGAAAACUACAUGGGAUCUCCUUGGUGCUGUUUUCUUAAGCAUAACUGGAGCCGAGGCCAUGUUUGCUGACUUGGGUCACUUCAACAAGAAAGCAAUCCAGUGGGGUUUUACGUUCAUGGUGUAUCCGGCGUUGAUCUUAUCAUAUGCGGGCGAAACAGCUUACUUGAUCAAGCACCCUGAGAAGAUCAACAAUGCGUACUACAGUUCCAUCCCGCGUCCUGUCUAUUGGCCUAUGUUCAUUAUCUCUACCUUAGCUGCCAUAGUUGCUAGCCAGUCCAUGAUAUCUGCCAGCUUUUCUAUAGUGAAACAGUCACUAGCUCUGGGCUGUUUUCCUAGAGUAAGAAUGAUUCAUACUUCUUCCAAGUUUGGAGGCCAAGUAUACUCCCCAGAAAUCAACUACAUCCUCAUGAUUCUAUGUGUUGGACUCGUCGUCGGAUUUAAGGGGGGAGUGGCGUUAGCAAAUGCUUAUGGUGUGGUGGUCAUUUGGGUCAUGAUCAUAACAACGGUUCUGACUGCACUAGUAAUGUUGGUCACAUGGAAUGCGAAUGUUUUCCUUGUACUGUGUUUUUUUGUGCCUUACAUAUUGAUAGAAAGCAUAUUCAUGACGUCGCUACUUAACAAGAUUCCACAAGGAGGUUGGGUGCCGUUUGCUAUCUCGGCUAUCCUCUUAACAGUCAUGUUGACUUGGACCUAUGGAAGGAGUAAGAAGAGCUUGUAUGAGGCAGAAAUGAAGAUGAGCUUAACUGAACUAAACCAAAUGCUAUCGAGCAAUAAUGUUUAUCGGACGCCAGGGAUUUGUUUCUUUUUCACUGACCUAGUGAAUGGGAUCCCACCAAUCAUUCGACGAUACAUUCACCAUACAAACUUAGUUCGUGAAAUAAUGGUGAUUGUUACCAUCAGAACUCUUCCCAUCAAAACGACCUUGCCAGAAGAAAGAUUCAAUGUUGGGAGGUUGGGAAUCGAAGGGGUUUAUAGAUGUAUGGUACAGCUAGGAUACAAAGAUUCCAUAGACAUGGAUGAAGGUGAUUAUAUUGCUUCAAUUCUGGACAAACUACUAGACAGUGCUGAAAAUGCUUACGAGCAACGGAAGAUUGAUUCAGCAGCACAAGAAGAAACUGUUUUCGUGAUUGGGAGGACCCUACUUAGGGCAAAUCAGACUAACGGGUGGGUUACCCGUCUGGCUAUAGAUUAUUUAUACAGAUUCCUGCAGAAGAACAGCCGUUCAUCCGUUUCAGCACUCCAGGUGCCCCCGGAGAAGACACUGCAGGUGGGAAUGUUAUAUGAAGUGUAA